UGUUAAAAUUUGGCGCAUAUCUGGAAAAUCAUUUCUGUGGGAAUUCGAGUGGUUGACGGAGAAGAGGAAUCUCGGACUCAGACAGAUUCAAUGAUCAUGAGUCUUACCCUCAGUGAACAAGAACUUCUCUGAUUCUAUUCUUAUGAGUGCAAAGACAAAGCCAAGCGAACACGAACGUCGUCGUAUUGGAAGCCAGCCAUGACUUUGAGCUCUGACCCUCCCGCUCCUCUAGACUGGAAAUUCUCUCAGGUGUUCGGCGAACGAGCUCCCGGAGACGACCUUCAGGAUGUUGAUAUGAUAUCUGCAAUAGAAUUCGACAAGAGUGGUGAUUUCCUUGCUAUUGGAGAUCGAGGUGGCCGCUGCAUAAUAUUCGAGAGGAAGGAUGGGAAACAUACUUUAAAUCAGCAUCAUUCUCGACAUGAGCUGGAGCAGUUGGAUUUCACAUCCACCCAGCAUCCUGAGUUUCAAUUUAAGACUGAGUUUCAAGGUCAUGAACCCGAGUUUGACUACUUAAAGAGUGUGGAAAUUGAAGAGAAGAUCAACAAAGUUAGAUGGUGUGCAACAUCUAGUGGAUCCCAAUUCAUGCUUUCUACAAAUGACAAGACAAUAAAACUGUGGAAGGUCAAGGAAUGCAAGGUGAAGAAAGUAAAAGAAAUGAACGCUCAUCCAUUUGCAUGUUUAGAUAACAUGCUUCUGGCUGAAAGGAGUUUCGUCAGUAGGGAAGAUAAACCAGCUGUUGCGAAUGGCUAUCGCCAGGAAUGGAUGGAGAAGAUCGCUAAGAAUGCCUCACCAUCUCAAGACAUGCAUUCCAAGGCAGCUGACAUGGAAGAUACUGCUCAUACAAGAUGCCGAAAGGUGUAUGCUCAUGCUCAUGAUUUUAAUAUUAACUCCAUCUCAAAUAAUAGUGAUUGUGAAACAUUUCUUUCUGCGGAUGAUCUUAGAAUAAACUUGUGGAAUCUUGAGAUCAGUGAUCAGUGUUUCAAUAUCCUUGAUAUGAAGCCAGCAAACAUGGAGGAUCUUACUGAGGUCAUAACAACGGCUGAAUUCCAUCCCGUUCAUUGUAAUCUGCUUGCAUACAGUAGCUCAAGAGGUUUUAUUCGUUUAGUUGACAUGCGGCAGUCAGCUUUGUGCGAUCACAGUGCAAGAAUAUUACAAGAUGGAGAUUCUCAUGGGCUGAAAUCAUUUUUCACAGAAAUUAUUGCAUCCAUUUCUGAUAUGAAGUUUUCGAGGGAUGGACGGCACAUCUUAAGUCGUGACUACAUGAAUCUAAAGCUCUGGGACACUCAUAUGGAUUCUUCACCAGUUGCAAUAUACAAGAUUCAUGAGCAUCUGCGCCCUAAGUUAUCUGAGUUGUAUAACAAUGAUCGCAUAUUUGAUAGAUUUGGUUGCUGCUUCAGUGGAGAUGGACUUCAUUUUGCAACUGGAUCUUAUAGCAACCUAGUGCGCAUUUUCUCCGGUGGAGAUGGAAGCGAAGAAGGAGCUACAAUAGAAGCUAGCAAAACUCCCAACAGCAGGAAACCACUUAUCCGGACUGCUGCAAGGGCUAGGAGGUCAUCCUUGAGCAAUCUGGCACGAGGAUUUUACCGGCACGGGCAUGAAAAUUCAAGCUCGGGCAGUAAUGAAAGUAGUUAUGACCUAAGCUCCAGGCUACUACAUUUGGCAUGGCAUCCAGAAACAAACUUGAUUGCUAGUGCCGCUGGGAAUAGCUUGUUCAUGUAUUAUUCAUAGUUGUGUGUAAAGUAACACUAGAGUUACACUUAAAAAAGUGACUGUAAAAAGGGUCUCAGCUUUUCCUAUAAAGUAUGCAGUAACUUAAGUCCUACUCCCCUGUUUAGCUUGAGCCAGUAAUGGUCGACAUGGGGCUGUAUAAUUGUGAUUAGACACCACUAAUCUUAUGUUUUUCGUGGUA